CUUGUUCUCUCUUGAAAUCACACUGACCUCACUUCAGUUCCACUCAAUCUCCACCACCGAUUUCUACAAACCAAAAUCUUUGUACAAACUUCAUAAUGGGUGUCCUUGAGCAACUUAGCCGCAAGUCCGGCGUCAUUGUCGGUGACGAUGUCCUCCGUCUCUUUGAGUACGCUAAGCAGAACGGCUUCGCCAUUCCCGCCAUUAACGUCACCUCCUCUUCCACUGUUGUCGCUUCCCUCGAGGCUGCUCGUGACCAGCAGUGCCCUGUUAUUCUGCAGUGCUCCCAGGGUGGUGCCGCUUACUUCGCCGGUAAGGGUGUGAGCAACGAGGGCCAGAAGGCCUCCAUUGCUGGUGCCAUCGCCGCUGCCCACUACAUCCGUAGCGUGGCCCCCGCCUACGGCAUCCCCGUCAUCCUUCACACUGAUCACUGCGCCAAGAAGCUCCUCCCUUGGCUCGAUGGCAUGCUCGAUGCCGACGAGGCUUACUUCAAGCUGCACAACGAGCCUCUCUUCUCCUCCCACAUGAUUGAUUUGUCCGAGGAGCCCGUCGACUACAACAUCAACACCACCGCCGCCUACCUUAAGCGCGCUGCCCCCAUGAAGCAGUGGCUCGAGAUGGAGAUCGGUAUCACCGGUGGUGAGGAGGACGGUGUCAACAACGAGUCUGUUGACAACAACUCCCUCUACACCCAGCCCGAGGACAUCCUGGCCAUCCGUAACGCCCUUGCCCCCAUCAGCCCCUACUUCUCCAUUGCCGCUGGCUUCGGUAACUGCCACGGUGUCUACAAGCCCGGCAACGUCAAGCUCCACCCCGAGCUCCUCUCCAAGCACCAGAAGUACGUCAAGGAGCAGAUCGGCUCUUCCGACGACAAGCCCGUCUUCUUCGUCUUCCACGGUGGCUCCGGCUCCUCCAAGGCCGAGUUCAAGGAGGCCAUCAGCUACGGUGUCGUCAAGGUCAACGUCGACACUGACAUGCAGUACGCUUACCUCACUGGUGUCCGUGACUUCGUCCUCAACAAGAAGGACUACCUCAUGUCCCCGGUUGGUAACCCCGACGGUGCUGAUAAGCCCAACAAGAAGUUCUUCGAUCCCCGCGUCUGGGUUCGCGAGGGUGAGAAGACCAUGGUGCUGCGUGUUAAGGAGGCCCUUGAGGACUUCAACACUGCUGGCCAGCUGUAA